GGCAGCAUAAUAUAUUUGCUUAACUUUGCUCUACAGGAUGCAUUUAUUUGAAUCUUAACCAAAGGAAGGCGUGGUUGCGGGAUUGUAUUUGUGGCGUUUGACAAAAGAGUCCAUGAAAAUGAGGGGCAAACCAGUUUCAGGAAGAACCAUUCUUGUAAUAUGUAUUGCCAGCUUUCUGGCGGGUUCACUCUUUACUAGUCGGACAUGGACAUGGAGUAGUAUUCAUGACCAUUCUCAACCUCAGAUAUCCAUCAUCCCACAGCUCGAGUCAGUGACACAAGAUUGUGAUCAUAAGCGGAAAUUGGUUGAAGGAAAAUCUGGAGAUAUUAUGGGAGAAGUGGCAAAGACCCAUCAAGCCAUCCAGUCACUGGAUAAAACAAUUUCAACAUUGGAAAUGGAAUUAGCCGUAGCCCGUACAAGGCAAACCAACGGACAAGUUCCAAUAGAAAGAAAAUCUAAUCAGAAUCUACAAAAGGCUUUUGUUGUCGUUGGAAUUAAUACAGCUUUUAGUAGCAAGAAACGCCGAGACUCAGUUCGAGAAACAUGGAUGCCUAGGGGAGCCAAACUGAAAAAAUUGGAGAAGGACAAAGGGGUUGUUGUACGUUUCGUGAUUGGACACAGCGCCACCCCAGGUGGGGUUCUUGAUAGAGCAAUCGAUGCAGAAGAGGCUGAGCAUAAGGAUUUCCUUAGGCUCAAGCAUGUUGAGGGCUACCAUGAGCUAUCUACCAAGACCCGCUUGUAUUUUUCCACAGCUGUCUCUAUCUGGGAUGCUGAUUUCUACGUGAAGGUGGACGAUGACGUCCAUGUCAAUUUGGGUAUGCUAAUGAGUACACUCGCAAGGUACCGAUCGAAGCCCAGAAUUUAUAUUGGGUGUAUGAAGUCCGGCCCAGUUCUAUCUCAAAAGGGUGUGAGAUAUCACGAGCCAGAGUACUGGAAAUUCGGGGAAGAAGGGAACAAGUAUUUCAGGCAUGCCACUGGACAAAUCUAUGCCAUCUCCAAAGACCUUGCUGCCUACAUCUCAAUCAACUUGCCCAUAUUGCAUAGAUACGCAAAUGAGGACGUGUCACUGGGCUCCUGGUUCAUCGGAUUGGAAGUUGAACACGUAGAUGAGCAUUCCAUGUGCUGUGGGACACCUCCAGAUUGCGAAUGGAAGGUACGAAUGGGGAAUAUAUGCGCGGCAUCAUUCGAUUGGAAAUGCAGUGGAAUUUGCAAAUCAGUGGAAAGGAUGAAAGAUGUGCAUAACUCAUGUGGAGAAGGAGAUGGUGCUAUUUGGAACGUUGAUCUUUGAGCGAGAGAGAGAGAGAAGACACUAAACCCUUUCUUUGUUAUUCUGUCUUACUAGACUACUAGUUUAGUAAAGGUUACAUCUACGCCUUCUUUUUUUUUUUUUUUUUAUCAAUUAUCUUUUCUGUUAUAAUGGAAUAAGUUUGAGGGUCAUGCCUUUGUGCUAAUUUUGUGGA